AUGGACGUGCCUUUGUUUUUAAGAUGUGGCUUGUUGUAUGUUGUUUUUAAGGAGCUUUUUUCAUCAUCCAGUCCAAGCAAAAUCUAUGGUGAUGCUUUAGAGAAAUGCAGAGCACAUCCAGAGGUUAUGGGAGUCUUUGGAGAGCCUAUUAAAGGUUAUGGUGAGACAACACGUCAAGGCAGAAGGCAGCAUGUCAGUCAUGUAGAGUACAUGAAAGAUGGGCUGAAGCACAUGCUGUUUUACAUUGAAGGUUCAGAACCCAGAAUACAAGGAACUGUGCAUUCGGAAGUUAAAGAGAACCCUGAAUCUGGAAAAUAUGAAUUUUGCUUUAUAUUUGUGGACAUUGAUACAUAUCCAAGAAGAACAGUUGUCAUUGAAGACAACAGAUAAUAUUAUG